AACUGACCGCAGUUCAGCGACUUAGCAUCCGGGAUCCUCUUGUGAUAGUCAGCUGAUCGUGGCCAGGAUAUGUGACCAGCUCUGAGCUCUGCUGUCUGACAACAAGAAAUCCAUUCAUAGUUACUUUAAACUUGCAGAAAUGGCCACAAAUCCACCCAAGUUAAAGACUGCGAUUACUGCAAAUGAAAGGCUGCAAAACCUGAAAAAUACCUUUGAAACAAAGUAUGGAGAAUCUCCUCUCUUCUAUGCAUGUGCACCCGGAAGGGUAAAUCUAAUAGGAGAGCACAUUGAUUACUGUGGCUAUUCUGUGCUUCCAAUGGCUAUUGAACAGAGUAUCAUUGCAGCUGUGUCAGUGAACAGUUCAGGGACGAUCCAGCUGGCCAACACAAAUCCUCAAUACAAGGAUUUCACUGUGUCAUGUUUGGAGGACAUUGCCAUUGACAGAGACAAUCCAAAGUGGCAUUAUUAUUUUCUCUGUGGAGUUAAAGGUAUUCAGGAGAAAUUUGGCAUUGCACAUCUAUCAGGGAUGUUGUGUGUUGUCGAUGGAACCAUUCCUCCAAGCUCUGGUCUGUCCAGUUCUAGCGCAUUAGUUUGUUGUGCUGGCCUUGUAACAACGGAGGCAAAUCAGAAGUCUCUAUCCAAGGUGGCCCUUGCUGAGAUAUGUGCCAAAUGUGAGCGCUACAUUGGCACAGAGGGAGGUGGCAUGGACCAGUCCAUCUCAUUCCUGGCAGAAAGAGGAACUGCAAAGCUGAUAGAGUUCCAGCCUCUGCGGGCCACUGAUGUCAAGCUCCCAGACGGGGCCGUGUUUGUGAUCUCCAACUGCUGCGUAGAGAUGAACAAAGCUGCUUCUUCUCACUUCAAUAUCCGUGUGGUGGAGUGUCGAAUCGCCACAAAGAUGCUGGCCCAGGCGAGGGGUCUGGACUCGAGCAGGUUGUUGAAGCUGGCCGAGGUCCAGACGGCGCUGAAGGCCUCCCUGGAGGAGAUGCUGGCUCUGGUGGAUGAGGUGUUGCAUCCUGAGCCAUACAGCCGAGAGGAGAUCUGCAAGGUGCUGGGUAUCACCUCCGAGCAGUUUUCCACAGAGCUGCUGAGCGCUAACACUCAGCAUGUGACGCACUUCAAGCUGCACCAGCGAGCCAAGCAUGUGUAUGGUGAGGCAGCGCGGGUGCUGCAGUUUAAGACCGUGUGCGACUCUGAACCUGCCGAGUCCAUACGGCUGCUGGGAGACCUGAUGAACCAGAGCCAUGCAAGCUGCAGAGACCUGUAUGAGUGCAGCUGCACUGAACUGGACCAACUGGUGGACAUCUGUCUGAAGUCGGGGGCUGUGGGCUCCCGGCUGACAGGGGCAGGUUGGGGCGGCUGUGCGGUUUCCAUGGUUCCCAGUGAGAGGGUGGAGUCUUUCUUACAAGCUGUGAGAGAAGCCUACUACCUCCCCGAUCCACGCAGAGCAACGAUGGAAAAAAAAAGUCUGUUUGUAUCAAAGCCGGGUGGAGGAGCUGCCGUUUUCCUCGAGGAGUGAAAUGAAUCACACUAAUAGAAAGCUGUUGAUACAAAUAUGAUUCGGGUUCGAACACACUGCUGCGGGGAAAUAAAUGGGUUUUUCCUUCUUUUACAUUUUCUUACACUUGAGGCAGCAUUUACAAAUGACAAGAUAAUACAAAACGUAACCUUAAUUUGGUAUUUGCUUUAUACUUUAUAGAUUCUUCUGGAAUACAAGGGCCAAAAAUGAUUUCUUACAAAGGGAAAGUGCUUUUUGUGUUAAAAACAUGUUUUUUUUUUAUGAAUGAAUCAUGAAUGUUGGGGUUUUGUAAUGAUUUUUGUACAUCCAACUCACUGUCUCACUGUUCACCUCAGACUCUUUUCUCAUAAACAAAAUAAGAUUGCAAAUAAAUGAACAAUCACACGUUUAA